AUGGCGCUCCCAAUCUCACAACUCCCCUUCUGCCCUUCCAAAUUCACCGCCUCGAAAACCUUCUCCAUCCCCACCACACGUAAGGCCGCCAAGUUCCGCACGAAAAUUGCGCCCAAGCCCCUCAGAUUCGCCGCAAUCGCCAAAGCCUCCCAGGAAGAAGACAACAACGCCGCCGCCGGCAAAAUCGCGGGCCCGGACGCCGAGACCCGGGCCGAGAGAUCCCAAGACGAAGAGAUGACGGAAAUAGGGCUGGAAAUAAAAAAAGCGAUGAGUGAAAGGGGGCAAAAUGAAAAGUCGGGUUUCUUGAGCGGGGUCGCCGAGGAAAUAAGGGAAAUUGAGUGGCCUUCGUUUGGGAAAGUGUUGGGGACGACUGGGGUGGUGGUUGGGGUGAUUGCGGGCUCGAGUGUCGUUUUGCUCACUGUUAAUGCCGUUUUGGCCGAGCUUUCGGAUAGGGUUUUUGCGGGGAAGGGCGUUCAGGAUUUCUUUGGUUGA